AUGUUUCUCACCAUGGCGCUACUGAGGAAAGGGAUCCCCGGGAAGCAGUGGAUCGGAAAGUACCGCCGACCGAGGGCCAUCACCUGGCAGAUGAAGCGCAACAUGGUGAACCAGCUGGAGCGCGAGGCGGAGAACGAGUACUGGAUCAGCCGGCCCUACAUGACCGCUGAGCAGGAGUUCUGCCACGCAGCAGAGCGCAGAGCCCAGAGCUGGCUCAAAAUUAAGGAGAGCAGAUUCUCCAAGUUUCCUGAACACAAAUACAUUGCAGAUCACCUCAGCCACCUCAACACCACCAAAACGUGGUCAAGUUAAUUGGAACAAUGAACUUGUUUUUUUCCCCCUCAUGUUCUAUGGGUGAUAACUGUAAAUUAAACCUCUGUUUUGUGUAUA